GCAGCCUAUGUGAGCCCACAGCUGGAGACCCUGGAGCAGGAGGAGCAGGAGCAGCUGGAGGUGACUGCACGCCCUGUGGAGAGAAGGACCCACAUGGUGAGCCACCAGCAUGGGAUCACUGUCACCAAGACCCUCCGGGAGGGACAGGAAGAGAUGCAGCGCCGGAGUUUCUCUUACAGCAAGGCAGAGCUGCAGGCUGCUGCCAUCCUGCUGCUGCGGGUGCUGGCGUGCCAGCGGGCAGUGCCCCCAGGCCUCGUCUUCCCAGCCAUCGACACUGAGGGCCACCUCUGUACCUCCAGCUACCCCCGGACCCCCUUCCCCAAACAGCCCCUGGACUGGGAGGAGGACAUCCAGCUCUACUCCUGGUUCCUGGACAGGAAGGAGGAACUGCAAGCGUCCCACAGCGCCUACAUCCAGCAGCAUCCCGAGCUCCAGGCGCUGCUGGCUGGCUUCCUCCAUGCCCU